GUAGAUAUUCUAACAACCAUGAAAGUGGAUUGCAGAGUAUUGAUCCUUGCUUCAACAAUCUUCUUGGGCGUUUCCGAUCCAGAAAUUGCGAGUGGUGAUGCGACUACAGAGGAUCCUUUUUGGACGAACGUAUGCACAAAGGCGGUUCGCCACUACAUGGGAAUAACCAUGGUAGUCGAUUCGUCAUUUCAUAAAGAAGAAUGUGAUUCUGGUUUCAAUCGGCUUUUAUACUUGGAAACAUUUGUGCAAACGGUAAACCUAUAUUUCACGGACUUGAGGUGCUCCAACGUCAAGCUCGUCUUAAUAAAAGUUGUGAAUCUCACUACUGAAGUGGAAUCGAAAUUCGAGAGAUUUAAAAACACAACGGAAAGCAGGGGAAGAUCUCUCGAUGCUCACCUCACGCUUGCACUGUUCAGGGAAUGGGCAAAUAAUCAAAGUUUCUUUAAUAAUAGUGAUGUAGUUUAUUUGCUAACAAGUAAUCCUGUCUUCGACUUUGUCAAGGCGUACCGACUGGAGAUGAAAGCCGCGUCCUAUGCCUACGGGGUGUGUUCGAAGCGGCGGGUGGCACUUGGCUCUGAUGACGGCAAGACAUUUUCGGGUGUUCCCGCUGCAGUUCAACAAAUCGCUAACUUGCUGGGAUUUAAGUGGGACGAUAAAAGGGACAGAGAGGGAUGUACCCCUGACGAUGGUCAUGUGAUGAGCAGAAACGGUGAACGCACCCAAUAUCCAACCUUCUCAAAAUGCACCAAAACUUCGUGGGAAUUCCGGACUCAAACACGCAUGGGGCAAUCGCAAUGCUACAUGUUAAACAUGUCGUUAGCGGUGAACGCUUCAAAGAAAACUCCAUAUACAUUUUUUAACUGCACGGAGCCAUGCAAAGAAAUUACCCAAGGAAGUGGGAAUAAUGCACUAUUUGUGCCAGCAGCAAGGAAUGAACGUUCAAAUACCAUGGAUAUAUGUAAAACAAGUUGUUGCCCGGAUUAUGUGAAACAGCUUAAUAAUACCUCAGAAGGAGCGCCGGAUGGAAUGCCGUGUGGACCGCAUCAGGUGUGUCUUCAGCAAGUCUGCGUCAAAGCGCCAUGGCAACAUAGCGAAGUUAGCACAGUUGCAACGUCGUGA